AUGUUUGGAAAGAAGUCACUCUCGUACUUGUUGCUUGCCGCAGCGGCUCAGGCCAAGUAUAUCGUUCCUGGCGGCAGAUGGACAGAUACCGAUGGCAAUCUCGUCAACGCACAUGCCGGUGGUGUGACUGUGGGUAAAGAUGGCAAGUUCUAUUUGUUUGGCGAGUACAAGAUCGAGGGACAAACCGAGGGUGGAGGUGUCAGUGUCUACAGUAGCGAUAAUCUCGCUACUUGGACUUCUCAUGGUCUGGCUCUGAUAGAGCCGAUUGAGGGUCAUCCCUAUAUUGCUCCCGAUAAGAUUAUCCAGCGACCAAAAGUGUUGUACAAUGCCGUCGAUGAUCAAUACCAUGUAUACCAACCACAUCUCCUCCUGUCUCAGUCCACACACAUCUCUAACCAGAAAUCCAGNAUGCACUGGCACGCCGACAACAGCACCUACGGCUGGCUCCUCCAAGGCCUAGCAACCUCCCCCAAUAUAACCGGCCCCUUCACCUUCNNCCUCAACGCCACCGCCCCUUUCGGAAACUGGUCCCAAGAUUUCGGCACCUUCACCGAUCACAAGACCCAAAAAUCCUACGCCAUGUACAGCAAUGGCGACAGAAAAGAAGCUCGCGAUGUCUAUCUUGCUGCCUACGAUGCCACCAAUACUGAACUUGCAUCUAUCGUCCACCGCUUCGAUAAAUACGAUCUAGAAGCUCCGUCAAUCAUUCAAACCGAAUCUUCGUACUACGCAUUGAUGAGCCAUAAAACUGGCUAUCGACCUAACAAUGUAGUUGCUUUUCGAGCAGAUGGCCUCGAAGGACCGUGGAGUCAGCCAUUUUUUGUUGCUCCCGCUUACACCAGAACCUAUAAUUCUCAGUCUGGGUUUGCGUUGAGGAUCAACGGGACUAAGAAAACGACAUGGCUGUAUAUGGGAGAUCAGUGGGACUCUAACAGUUUGUGGGAGAGUAGAUAUAUCUGGUUGCCUGUGGGGAUUGAUGACAAGAAGAAGACGUUGGAGCUGGAGUGGUAUGAUGUUUAUGAUUUGGAUNNCAAGACGGGUGAAUACAAAGCCAUAAAGGGAAAAACCUACUACGCCAAAGACGGUAUAAUCACAGGCGAUGCUUUUAAACAAGAAGCCAACUUUGCAAGCGACAACACCAUCGUAACCGGAAUAUCCGGCAACACCUCCACACUCACGUUAUCUGGCAUCCAAGGCGAUAACAACUACCACUGGAUCUCGUUCUACUACCAGAAUACUGAUGACAUGGGCUAUGGCGACCAACCAGGUGGAUCUCCAGACAGGAUCAAGACACCUUGGGCUUUGCGUCGCAUUUCUUCGGUGGUGGUGAAUGGAAAUGUCACGGGUAUGCAAACGCUAUAUCAGAGGGAUACGCAUAAGGGUGUUAUCUUGUCUACGCCAUUGAAAGUAUGGUUGAGCAAAGGAAGUAACAGUAUCACGGUGGGAGGAUUGGACAACGGAAUCGAUGUCAAAGGCGCAGACUUGGACAGAAUCAUAGUGUAUCCUGCAGAGAAGUAG